GCUGGCAAGACACGUUGUCCCCCUUCCUCCACGCCCAAAAAUGCAAGUAAGGGUUUAGGCUCAUCCCCAUAUCCAUUCUUUCUUCUGCAGAAUUCGGCAAUGAAUGGUUAAAACCCUAGUUUGGGUUUCAUAAAACCCCUCAAAGAUGGUAGCAGGCAGAGCAAAGCUGAGCACUUUAACUUUCUUAUUAUGCCGUUCUUGUUUUAACUACACUCUCUCUGUUGGCUUACACUCUUCUCCUAAAAAAAUUCGGGCAUUCAAUACAUUGCAUCGCUGUGGAAAUUUCUUUCUUCAUAAUUGUAUUAAAUCCAUCCCAGUUGGAGUCCUCCUCAGUUGGCCAACAUUUGCUCUUAGUAAUUUUGGCUGCUGCCAGUCAUUCUCAACCCAGGCAUCCCCUGCUGAAUUUAUAGAUGAAGUGUUGACGGAAAUCCUCUCAGUUAUGGCCAAUUCUCAAAGUUCAGGAGAGGAACUCUGUGCUGCUUAUAUUGACAAGUUUUGCAAUGACAAAAAUCUGUCAGGAGCCAUUAGGCUAGUGCGGACUUUGCAUGAUAAAAAUAUCCCCCUCCCUUCUAGUGCAUACAAUCGCCUUCUGAAAGCUGCAGUCGAUGAAAGUGAUAUUGGCCUUCUAUGUCAGAGUUUCAAGGAUCUGUUAGUAUCUUGCAAAUCUCUGAAUUCAUCUACAUAUCUUAUCUUUGCUCAGGCAUUUAUCAAGGAAAAUGAUAUUCACUGCUUACUAAGAUUUGUCCGGGAGAUUUCGGAGUUGAUCUUUCCGAGUAGUACUACAGUUAUGAAUAGGAUCAUCUUUGCCUUUGCUGCAUGUGGACAGGUUGAUAAGGCCUGGUUGAUUUUUGAUCAGAUGAAGAGUUUGAAGUCCAAACCUGAUGUGAUCACAUAUAACACCAUUUUGGGAAUCUUAGGCAAGUGUGGUAGAACAAAUGAAAUGCUUAGAGAGUUUGUGGCAAUGAAAGAGGAUGGUCUAAUUCCUGAUAUUGUUUCUUAUAAUUCCUUAAUUACUGGAUUGCGAAAGGUAGGCAGGCUUGAGUUAUGCUUAGUAUUUUUCAGGGAGAUGUGUGAGAGAGGAAUUGAACCAGAUUUGCGAACUUAUAAUGCUUUGAUUGACAGCUUUGGAAAAUCUGGUAAUAUUGAGGAAUCAUUGAGACUUUUUAGUGAGAUGAAGCACAGGGGGAUCUGCCCAUCAGUUCAUGUUUACAAAUCACUGAUCAGUAUUUUAAAGAAGAUGGGGAAGUUGGAGUUGGCUGUUGCUUUUUCAAAUGAGAUGAAUGAAUCAAUCUCAAAUCGUCGUGGAUCAAACUAUAUUCAACGGAAAAACAGAUAGUUUAGUAUGUCAAAUUGAUAGUGGACACCGGUUGAGUAAUGUUUAUGAAGAGCAUCAGUUUGCUUCAUGCUGUUGCUGCUGCCAUCUUCAUAAGAAGGGAUCUUUGUGGCCAGUAAAAUUGAAGAACCAUAAACAGCUAUCUGGUCCAAUCAUAGGCUGACUUCCUGGUGUUUGGAUCUCUGAAAUGACUACAGACCGGAAUUUUUCGAAGUGUUUUUCCUCGUGCGGUUCUUAUGCGCUUAUCCUGUAUGAAAAGGGAGAAGAGAUGCAUCUAGUUGAUGCUUGAUAGUGUAAAUAUCAGAUUAUUUUGUGGAUGUUGUAACCUCAAUUAUAUUUUGGUGCAUCAUGUAAGUAGUGUAAAAGAGCUUCUCUGUUGACUGAGGCUCUUUUUUUUAUGGCACAAUAAACAGUUAGAUAUUACAAUUGUAUGAUGUGUUUCAUCCAUCUUGAUGUGAAAAAAAGUUUUCCCUUGUUCUGCA